AGGUUAAAUUCUCACAAAUUUGUGAUGCCUGAAAGCAAACCUCACAAUGCAAAGUCGGUUGUGUUUGUUUUGUUAAUUUCAAUAGUUUUAAAGAAAUUUUUUUUUUUUGUAGAAAUAGGGUGAAGGAAGUGUUCUUCCAAAGGCCUUGAUCUAUUGUAUAUAAAUAUUUGUCUAUUACAAUAAAUAUGCAACUUACGGUCUUUGCACAUUUUACUUCCUUCUAAGUAUGAAUAAAUAAACAUACAUAUAAUGUGGCUGCGAUUUAGGCACAAUUCCGAUUUCUUUGGCGCCGCGAGUUGAAGGUACCGUUGGAAAGAGGAAGUCCUCCUGUUUAAAAAAUAUAUGGGGUUAUAGGUACCGCAAACGCUAAGUUUACGAGAUAUUCGACCUUAAAGUUCAAAAAUUCACCUAUUUCACCACGUUAAACCCACUUUAUUCACAUUUUUCUUUUUAAAUUCAUUAAAUUACACUAUAAUCUUUUAAAUAAAUCCACAUUUUACACUUUUAGCAGGUUUUUUUAUUAAAAAAAUCUUUAUUUUAAAAAUUACAUUUUACACUCGUUUGAACCUCAUUUGUUUACCAAAAAUUACGAGGAAAUGGAGCGCUGCCAUGUGAUGACAAGGCAAUUCGCUGAAAUUCCUCUAUUCACGCAUAUGGAUAUCUUCUUUUUUAAAUUUAUUGAGCAAAUAAGUAAUAUAUAUGUAGAUGCAUUAGUAAUAUUAUAUAACAAUGGCUAUGUUCGUAAAUGCAUCAUGACGCGCAUCAUGACGAUUGCAUAACAAACAGAACGUUCAGAAAUGCAAUAUUGCAACACUGCAAUAAUCAAGCGUUCAAAAAAGCAACACUUUUAUCAACUGUCAUACAUAAUUUCUAUCAAAAAAUUGUUUACUGCAUUUAACUACGAUGUCUGACGGAAAGUAAGUGCAAAACUGUUUUAUUUUAAUUUUUGUAUUGGAAUUUAGUUAAAUUAUGUUAAUAAUAAUUGUAUAAAUUAUUAUUUUUAAAUUUUUAGUGAAAAUCUCAGUAAUGCGGAGACGCAGUUAUUGCUGAGAGUACGGUUGAAUAUGUCCUCGGGAAACGACUUUAUUGUUUUAAUAAAUGAUUCGUUUUUAGGUAUUUUUCUUUUUAAAGACAAACAUUUGUACCUACAAAUUUUUCUUUUUGACUUCAAUACCCCUCUUUUUCUUAAAUUUAAAGAAAAUCUAUCAUUUCUUUGCUCACAAAUUUCGUCUAGUGUUAGAUUCAGCAAAAUUUCCAUUUUAGUACUAUACGCGUUCAAAAAUGCAAACAAAUGUAUCUGCAAAUUGUCAAAAAUUGUAUAAGAAGUAUCAAACGUCAAACUUGCAGUGUUGCUACUGUUGCUUAUGCUGCAAGUCAUGAUGCAUUUACGAACAUAGCCAAUAUUAUAUAACAAUAUUAUAUAUACAUAUGUAUAAGUAAUAUUAUAUAAUAAUGUUACGUAAUAAAGUGUAAGGUUACAGUACAGUACGAAAACUCAAAUUUUGUUUCAAUAUGACUGCAUGAUAACCGUAAAAUAUAACCACUUUAUAUCCAAAAUAUUAAAAUAUAAUAAUAUAUAUAUCGUCACCUAAAAUACAAACCAAUGUAUCAUAAAAAAUAAAUUGAAAUCGCUGACAGAUAUAAAAACCAAAAUGUAUAAAUUUUAUAACGAAAACUUAAAUUUUGUUUGAAUAUUGGAUAUAAAGUGGUUCUAUUUUUUGGUUAUCAUGCACUCAUAUUGAAACAAAAUUUGAGUUUUGGAUAUAAGGUAGUUAUAUUUUUUGGUUAUUGUGCACUCAAACUCAUAUUAUAAAUAUAAUCUAUAUAUAUAAAAAUGAAAUGGUGUAUAGUUGUAACGCUAAAACUCGAAAACGGCUGAACCAAAUAAAAUACUUCCUUUGGGGGAUUUGUUUGUUAUUACCACGCGCAGGUCAUGUCUUAAAAUCAGAACAAAAUAUUAAGGGGGCGUGGCACCUCCCAUACAAAUUAAAUUUUUCAAGUCGAAUAUCUUCAAAAGUGUUUGAGGUAGGAACAUGAAAAUUGGUAUAGAGCUAUAGGAAACAACACCAUUCUCACCCAUAAAACUUGGCGUUAUCGAAAAAGGGGGCGUGGUACCUCCCAUACAAUCUUUAAUUAUUUUGGUUGUUAAUCCACAAUAUAUUUAUCUCAUUUUCCACCUACCACGACAUUUUGGUUGUUUCUUGCUAUUUUUGUUUAUUUAUCGGUGACAGUAGCGGUUAUAUCGUAAUUUUGGUUGUGUUACGUGCUAUUUUUGGUUUAUGGAAAUGGCAGUUUUAUGAAACAAACACAAAUUAACUUAAACGUUAAUUUUGCUUUGCAAUCGAACAAGCAAAAUUUAGAGGGCAAUAAAAAUGCGCCUUGAUUUACUGAUAUAUUGAUAUAUUUUGUUUUAAAAAGUGAGUUAUUUAGUGAAAGUGAUUUAGCGUGUUGGCGAAUACCGAUUUAUGUACAUUGCAAUUUGUCAUUCAAUUGAUCUGCUUCCUUAGUUUAAUUCAUUCAUUUUUGGAGUUUUCAAAGGUAAGUUAUUGGUCCGUAAACCCUUAUAUGAACUUUAUGCAAAUGAAUGAUCAUUUCCAAUUAGAUAUUUGUUACGAUGCCAAGAAUCAGUACGUAUGGUAACACUUCUCGGAGUUCCUAGGCCGCAGGGAGAACACGAAAUAGCAGAGCACGUCAAAGGGAAAGUGUUAUUGAGAGGGUAUCACCACGAAAAAGACUGCUGGAGAAUAGCACGCACCAGUUAGAAGAUGUCACCCAAACAUACAAUCAGCAAAAACGAUUGAGAAGAAGGGAAGUUCGUGCUCGCCAAAGUGAUGAAGUAAGAUCACAACAUGCGAUUAUUGGCAUGUUUUCGAUAUGAUCCAAACAUUCAAUAUAGCGCAUCUGUUCAAAUCGGUCAGAUGUCAGUAGUUUGUCAAUAUUGCAAUGCAGUCAAAUUUAAAAAUGAACCGCCAGGGUUAUGUUGCGCCGGGGGAAAGGUUAAGUUGCCAGAAUUGCUUCCACCACCACAGCCAUUGUUCCAGAUGCUUUACGGUGAAUCUCCUCACUCGAGCCAUUUCUUAAAGCACACUAAAAUGUACAACGAUUGUUUUCAAAUGACGUCGUUUGGCGGUGAAAUUGUAAAUGAACAAAACUAAAAUCCAACGUUUAAGGCAUUUUUGCCAAACAAUAUUCGACAGAAACUUCAGAGCUUUCCUCCAAUUAUACAGGUUCAUGGGCAAAUUUUUCAUCUCGCUGGAUCGCUGUUGUCGCAUCCAGAUCAAGAAUACAAAUAUCUCCAAAUUUACUUUCUGGGAGAUUCACAUCAUGAAGUAAAUCGGCGUUGUGCUAUCUUCAAUACAACGAAAAGAGAAAUAAUCGAACAAUUGCAGCAAAUGUUACACGAACACAAUGGCCUCAUUAAACUGUUUACGGUUUCGUUGGAACGUAUGCCAACAGAUGAUCAUAGUGUAAUCAUACAAGCGGACAAAAGACCAACAGGGACACAUGAAAGACAAUAUAAUGCACCUACAGUUAGCGAAAUAUCAGUUGUUGUUGUUGGAGAAAAUUUGCAGUCGCGUGACAUUGUUAUCAAACGUAGAAAUCAAAACGCACUAAAACGGAUAAGUGAGACACAUCCGUCUUACGCAAUGCAAUAUCCGCUCAUGUUCUGCCGUGGAGAAGACGGAUAUCACUUAGGAUAUAUGAUCCGGUGAAUGCUUUUAGGUGUCGAGACAAAUAAAGUCAGUUCAAUGAAGUUUUACGCAUAUCGAAUGAAGAUUCGCCAAAACUAUGACAACCACUUACUGAGAUAUGGACGGUUAUUUCAACAUUAUGCAGUUGACAUGUACGUUAAAGUUGAGACAGAACGACUUAAUUACAUGCGAUACAAUCAGUCGAAGUUGCGAUCUGAAGAGUAUAUUCACUUAAGAGAUGCGAUGAAUGGUGAUGCGGAUAUUACAGAUAUUGGUCGACUCUAUAUUUUGCCAUCGACAUACAUUGGCAGUCCUAGACACAUGCAUGAGUACUCCCAGGAUGCGAUGACUUACGUGCGCAAUUAUGGACGGAUGUUUGUUACAUUUACUUGCAAUCCAAAAUGGCCAGACAUUACGAAUCUAUUGCAUCCCGGUCAAUCACCAAGCGAUCGCCACGACGUUACAGCACGCGUGUUUAAACAAAAACUCAGAUGUUUGAUGGACUUUAUUACGAAACAACUUGUAUAUGGCACUGUUAGAUGCUGGAUGUACUAAGUGGAGUGGCAGAAGAGAGGUUUGCCCCACGCACACAUUCUUCUUUGGAUGGUGGAGAAAAUUACACCUGACCAAAUUGAUGACAUCAUUUCCACCGAAAUUCCUGAUGUUGAAAUAGAUCCAGAGCUGCACGAAGUGGUGAUGGACAAUAUGGUUCAUGGGCCAUGUGUGAGAACACGAUCCAUCUUCGGUUGGUAUGUCGGACAGUAAAUGCAAAAAACGCUAUUCCCGUGCUUUUAUUUCGGAAACUCAAACUGGAAACGACAUAUACCCUCUCUAUCGGCGUCGCUCACCCGCUGACAAUGGCAGAACAUUCAUCACUCAAUUGAAAGGAAAGAAUUUCGUGGUUGAUAACACAUGGAUCGUUCCAUAUUCGCCAAUUUUGUCUAAGGCAUUCAAAACACAUAUAAAUGUUGAGUAUUGCAGUUCAAUAAAAUCAAUUAAGUAUGUUUGCAAAUAUGUCACCAAAGGAAGCGAUAUGGCGGUUAUUGGUGUUGAACGAGAUGAAUUAGCAAAUUUCAAAUGGGCAGAUAUGUGAACUGCAAUGAAGCAAUCUGGAGAAUUUUUUCAUUUGCAAUUCAUGAAUGCCAUCCUACUAUUGUGCAUCUGGCAGCUCAUUUGGAGAUUGGCCAGCGAGUUUAUUUCAACGCAGAGAACAUAGUACAGCGAACGGAAAUACCACCAGCAAUCACUUUAACAAGUUUCUUUGCAUCUUGCGCCAGUGAUCCGUUCGAGAGAACAUUGCUUUACUCGGAGAUGCCUCGGUAUUAUACAUGGAAUGCAUCGUCGAAGAAAUGGUUGCACAGGAAGAAGGGCCAUCCGGUAGAUGGUUAUCCAGGUGUUUUUUCAACUGAUGCAUUGGGAAGAAUUUACACAAUCCAUCCAAAGAACGAUGAUUGCUUUUACCUACGUUUGCUUUUGAUUAAUGUACGCGGUUCAACUUCAUUUGAAUCAUUGAGGACUGUAGAUGGUACCAUUUGUGCAACAUUUCGAGAAGCAUGUCAACAAUUGCAAUUGCUUGAACGCGACAGUCACUGGAAUCAAACGCUAGCGGAUGCAAUAGCUUCUUCACCAGCCACUGCAGUUCGUACACUUUUCGCUAUUAUAAUUUCGAUAUGUCAGCCUUCAAACCCGCGUCUAUUAUGGGAUACGUACAAAGAAGACAUGGCAGAAGAUAUUUUGCAUCGCCUGCGAUUAGCGACGAGAAAUGUCGACUUACAAAUGAACGCUGACAUCUACAAUGAGGCAUUAGUCCUUAUUGAAGAUUUAUGUUUGCUUAUGAGUGGAAAACUAUUGAUUGAAGUUCAUAUGCCGGCACCAAGUCGUCAAACAAGGGAUUUAGUGAGUCGCGAAUUGGAACGCGAGCGUGCUUACGCUAUAACUCACUUGCAACAACAAGUACAAACAAAUGUUCCACUGUUGAAUGAACAGCAAAGCAGUGCGUACAAUCAGCUAAUAAAUGAUGUAGAUAGUGGAAACGGUGGCAUAUUUUUCCUCGAUGCGCACGGCGGGACUGGCAAAACGUUAGGAACGUCUUUAAUACUAGCAGCAAUACGUGGUCAAGGUGGUAUUGCAUUAGCACUUGCAUCUACCGGGAUUGCUGCAACACUGUUAGAAGAUGGAAGAAUGGCACAUUCAGCAUUAAAGCUUCCAUUAAACUUGCAAAUACACGAAAGUCCUGUUUGCAAUAUUUCAAAGCAAUCAGCAAUGGCACAAGUUUUAAAAAAUGUAAGUUAAUCAUAUGGGAUGAAUGCACAAUGGCCCACAAACGAUCAUUAGAAGCACUCGACCGAACACUGAGAGAUUUGCGCAACAAUAAUCGUUGCUUUGGAGGAGUGAUGAUAUUGCUGUCGGGCGACUUAAGACAAACACUUCUCCUGAUUCCAAAAUCAACAGCGGCGGAUGAGCUAAACGCAUGCCUGAAGUCAUCGCAUUUGUGGAGGUUUGUUAAAACCAUUUCAUUGACCAUGAAUAUGCGAGUUUUGCUGCAAAACGAUAGAACUGCGGAGGUUUUUUCAAAAGAGCUGCUGCGAAUCGGAAAUGGACAAGUUCCGAUAGAUCCUUGCAGUGGAUUAAUAUCGAUUCCAACUACGAUUUUCCAAUUCACAUCUAAUAAAUAUGAACUAAUCAGUGUAUAUCCAAAUAUUGCUCAAAAUUAUGGUAACUACGAUUGGUUAAGCACGCGCGCAAUUUUAGCAUCAAAAAUAUGGAAGUCAACGACUUGAAUUGGACGAUUCAAAAUCAAAUUCCGGGAGAUCUGCGGUCAUAUAAAUCAAUCGAUCGCGUUGAAAAUGAAGACGAGGUAGUAAAUUACCCAGUGGAGUUCUUAAACUCCUUGAUGCCGCCCGGAAUGCCGCCUCAUAAUUUGCGUCUCAAAAUUGGGUCUGUAAUUAUUAUGCUACGGAAUCUUCAUGCUCCCAAACUGUGCAAUGGUACUCGACUGAUUGUGACCAAGCUAAUGGACAAUUUAAUAGUGGCAAUCAUUUUGAAAGGCCUGUUCAAGGGAGAGGAGUGCUUACUUCCCCGAAUUCCAUUAACUUAAACAGAUUUGCCAUUCCAAUUCAGGCGUUUGCAGUUCCCAGUGAAACUUGCAUUUGCGAUGACAAUAAACAAGUCACAAGAACAGUCGCUAGAAGUAUGCGGCAUAAAUUUAGAAAUGUCUUGCUUUUCACAUGGCCAGCUCUAUGUGGCGUGUUCCCGUGUUGGAAAACCUUCCUCAUUGUUUAUUUACGCCGCGGAACAGAAAACCAAAAAUAUCGUGUACCGUGCAGCCCUAAACUAAAUAUGUACUAAAAUUAUAUAUUUUCGAGACUCGAUUAAAACUAAUAAAAUUGAA